AUGCGCAUGCAUGCGAACAAACUUGAUAAAUGUCAGUCAAACUUGAUAAAUGUGAACGUCAGUGGAUAUCCCAUCCAACCGAACUCCAACGUCCUCAAUGCAGAGGCGCAAUUCAAGCCAGUUGUGUUUAUUACCAACGUCCAACUCAAAUGGCAUGACGUCAAGAUUGGUUAUCCUGGCACUAACACAACGAUCAGUCUACCUGACAACGGUGUCAAUGCAUGCCAAAACAAUUGCCCGCUACAAGCAAACAAGACAAUUCAUUGGUCGUAUGUUAAAACUGUGCAAGAACUUAAGCAAUACUUAGUGUUCUCAUUCUCUGGUAGAAUAGUCUUAGCUGAUGAGGAUGACAGAACUCUUGUCUGUCUGGAGAUGAAGAAAGAGAGUGGAGGGUGGCCUGGAUAGAUAAUACAGACACGCAUAAUCUCCCAGAAACAAGAGCAAACAGACGGUUAUAAAAUAGUUGUAAUAGAGUUGGUGUGAUGUGGUGUGUCGCAAAUCUCUAACUAAAAGGCUUUAUUCGUGUUGCGCAUAGCGCGCUGACAAAAUGAACUGGACCUGACAACAUUAGAUGCCAAUGUUGAAUAUCUAUCUAGCAUUCUAGACAUCU